GUGUUGGUCAUGACAUUGAUAAUGAUGACCGUCUUUCUGAGGACUAAAAUGCACCACCGAUCAAUAAACGAUGGAAUUAUUUUUAUGGGAGCUCUUUUCUUUUUAAUUGUUAAUAUAAUGUUUAAUGGAUUCUCCGAGCUCUCGAUGACGAUUGCUAAGCUGCCUGUCUUCUUCAAGCAAAGAGAUUCUCUAUUUUAUCCUUCAUGGACUUAUGCAAUACCAACAUGGAUUGUGAAGAUUCCAUUUUCAGUUGUAGAAGUUGCCAUCUUGGUGAUGAUAAGUUACUAUGUAGUUGGCUGUGAUCCAAAUGUUGGAAGGUUCCUCAAACAGUUUGUUGUACUUCUUCUAGUUCAUCAGAUGGCCGCAGGGUUAUUUCGUUUUGUUGGUUCAAUUGGGAGGAACAUGUUUAUGGCUGCUGCGUUAUCGUUCUACAUAUUAUUCAUUUUUCUUGUUUUGGGUGGAUUCAUUAUUGCACAUGGUGAUAUUAAGAAAUUUUGGAUUUGGGGUUAUUGGAUGUCACCAAUAAUGUACUCCUAUACAGCAAUUUCAGUAAAUGAAUUCCUUGGAAACAGUUGGAGUCAU